CUGUGGAAGGAAGGGAGGGAUGGAGGAGAAGAGCGCAGGCACUGCGGGAAGAAUGGAAGAAACCUGAACCCCAUUCGCACUGGGGGAAAGAGAGGGAGGAGUGAGACACACGCCGUGUGAUUAUUAUAGAAGCGGCCAUACCAUUGAUCAGCACGGAUGGAAAACACAUAAUAUAGCGGGUACCGGCAAACCAACAGCGCAUCGACAAAGGAAUAUAAGAAGCACUGUCCGGAUACCGUUUCACCAAGGCCUCAUAUCUGCUUUCGGUAGGAGCCGUACGGACCGCCCACCGCACAGAGACACACACAGACUCGAGAAGCGCACACAUAUAAACCCAAUCACCGGCUCUUACGCGCUACAAUGGACUUUAAAUUCGAUAACCGUCUGGAUUCUGACCUACACCAAUGAAAGAUGGGUUUAUAUGGCAGUACAUCUAGAUUUAAACCGUUUCACAUGUUUAACCGUCAUAUAUGAUACAAGAUAUUUACUCUAAACAUAGAUGUUUACGUAUUGUUAUUUAUCUUAUCUUUUUAUGACGGCACGUUUAUAGGAACCUCCGGUCCUAAGUAGCUUUAUAUCACUCGCUUUAUUUAUUUAAUCGCGUUUACGAUCACCAAAUAUAAUAUAAUACGCUUUAGAAACACAGUGUAGCGUCAAUAAGUGCUUAUCCACUGUGGAUAUUUAACGCAAAAAGACUUGACAGCUGUUGUCGGAGGACCGAGAUCCACCGUCCUGGAUUACUCUAUCGGCGGGCCGCUGUAAGUCGGCCAGCGGGACUGAGAGACGCUAUGGCCGGCUACAUCCCGGGCUUACUGCCGGCGAAUCACUCCCAGGAGAAGGAGUUCGCACAGGCGUAUGAGGAUGUGCUGGAGAGAUAUAAAGAUGAACGAGACCGGGUGCAGAAGAAAACAUUCACGAAAUGGGUCAACAAACAUCUCAUAAAGGUGCGGAAGCACAUCACAGACCUGUAUGAGGAUCUAAGGGAUGGGCAUAACCUCAUUUCCCUGCUUGAGGUGCUGUCUGGCGUCACAUUGCACAAGGGUGCGUCGACUCUGCGGAGGGCGUCUGUGUCACGAGCACCCCCACUCAUUCUACUGGGUGUGGAGGAUGAGGAGGAUGGAGCUCAGGGACCCAGGGAAAAGGGUCGAAUGCGAUUUCAUCGACUCCAGAAUGUGCAGAUCGCCUUGGACUUCCUUAAGCAGAGACAGGUCAAAUUAGUGAAUAUACGCAAUGAUGACAUCACAGAUGGGAACCCAAAGCUGACACUGGGACUGAUCUGGACCAUCAUCCUUCACUUCCAGAUUUCUGAGAUCUAUGUGAGCGGUGAGUCAGGUGACCUCACGGCGAAAGAGAAGCUGCUACUAUGGAGUCAACAGGCAACAGAGGGCUACCCCGGUCUCCGUUGUGCCAAUUUCUCCUCCAGCUGGAGCAAUGGACGCUUGUUCAACGCUCUUCUGCACAGAUACAGGCCAGACCUGAUUGACAUGGAAGUGGUUGCGCAACAGAGUAACCGUGAGAACCUGGAGCAGGCCUUUGAGAUUGCGGAGUCGUUAGGUGUAACGCGACUUCUAGAUGCUGAAGAUGUUGAUGUGCCGUCGCCAGAUGAGAAAUCUGUCAUCACAUAUGUCUCCUCCAUCUACGAUGCUUUCCCCAAGAUCCCAGAGGGUGGAGAAGGCAUUGCAGCUCAUGAGGUUGACCAGCGAUGGACAGAGUACCAAUCUGGCUUCUCUUCUCUGCUGCAGUGGACCAGGCAACACACGGCCCUCAUGGCCAACAGGAGCUUCCCCCACAAUCCUGUGGAACUCAAGGCACUUUACAAUGAAUAUGUCCACUUCAAAGAAACCGAGAUCCCUGCGCAGGAGAGAGAGAAGAGCCACAUCGAGCACCUUUACAAGCUUUUGGAGGCUUGGAUAGAGUUUGGGCGCAUUAAGCUGCCUCAAGGGCUACACCCUAAUGAUCUGGAGGAGGAAUGGGGAAAACUGAUCCUGGAGAUGUUGGACAGAGAGAAAGCAAUGAGGCCUGCUGUGGAGAGGUUGGAGCUACUGCUACAGAAAGCCAAUAAGAUCCAGAACAUGGCAGUAGAUUGCGAGGAGAAACUCACGCUGGCGAAGAACACUUUGCAGGCUGACAUGUCUCAGCUAGAGAACGGGCAGCCGGUGCGGUGUGAGAAUGAAUUGGGGAUGUAUCUGCAGGACUGUGAGGCUUUAGUCAGACAGCUUCAUCUUGACCUGCAGGUCCUCCGAGAUGAGAAGUACUAUCAAGUGGAGCAACUGGCUUUCAGGGUGUCCUGUUUGCAGGAGGAGCUGGUCUCUUUGCGCCUGCAGUGUGCCAGUGUGUACAGGAAGGGUCAUUUCUCCACAGGGGGUCUGCUGGGAGAGCAUGCGGGUCAGAAGGGUUCCUCAGGAGGUCUGGCUACACUGGGAGCACAGACGCUUCUGGGAGCAGUGGGUGCUGCGGCGUCCCUGCUCAGACGGCCGAUGUCUCGUACAGACCUGGUAGCCAUGUCAUCAUCUGAAGAUGAAGGCAGUCUGCGCUUCAUCUACGAGCUGCUGGGGUGGGUGGAAGAGACGCAGGACCUGCUGCUGCGAGCCGAGUGGGGUUCUGAUCUACCCUCUGUAGAACAGCACCUGCAAGAGCACCACAUCAUUCACACGGCAGUGGAAGAUCUUCUGAAUAGCCUCAAAGAGGCUCGAAACUAUGAGUCAAGGGUCUCGCCUAAUUUACGUAGCAGUUACUCUGAGACUCUAUCCAAGCUGGAGAACCAGUAUUGCAAACUGCUGGAACAUUCAUCAAGGCGACUGCGUUGCCUAGAGAGCCUUCGAACUUUUGUGUCCCACUGCACUGAGGAGCUGAUCUGGCUCAAUGAGAGGGAGGAGGAGGAGCUGGCCUUCGACUGGAGUGACAGCAACACCAACAUGGCUGCCAAAAGAGAGCAAUAUGCUGAGAUGAGGUCAGAGCUGGAGGUAAAACAGGAAGUGAUGCGCUCUCUCCAGGAGACAGCUGAUCACCUGUGUCAAGAGAACCACCCAGCCAAGCAAACAGUGGAGGCUUACAGUGCUGCCCUGCAGACGCAGUGGCAGUGGAUCAAAGAGCUCUGCAUAUGUGUGGAGCAGCAUCUCAAGGACAACACUGCCUACUUCCAGUUUACGAGUGAUGCACGGGACUGUGAAAGCUAUCUGCGUCAACUACAAGACACCAUUAAGAGACAGUACACCUGUGAUAAGAACAGUAGACUCGGUAGACUGGAAGACCUGCUGCAGGACUCCAUGGAGGAGAAAGAACAAUUGAUUGAAUACCGCAGCACAGUGGCCAGCCUUGUAGGCCGAGCCAAGUCUGUAGUCCAGCUCCGUCCAAGUAGUGCAGAUAGUAACCUGGGCACCACCACGCCAAUUCGUACCAUCUGUGACUACCGACAAAUAGAGAUCACGAUCAGCAAAGGAGAGGAGUGUGUACUGGAGGAUAACUCUCAGAGGACUAAGUGGAAGGUCAUCAGUCCUACAGGAAAUGAGGCCAUGGUCCCAUCUGUGUGUUUCACCAUUCCUCCUCCUAAUCAGGAGGCCAUUGACACUGCCAGCAGAAUGGAGCAGAUGUACCAGAAUGUCAUGUCUUUAUGGCACCAACUGCAUGUUAACAUGAAGAGUGUGGUCUCCUGGAACUACCUGCAAAAAGACAUAAGAAAUAUUUCCUCCUGGAGUCUGGACACAAUGCGCUUGCAGGCUCCAGCAGAGAGGCAGCAGGCUUUAGACAACCUUGAAGCCCACUUGUCUGACUUCCUUACGGACAGUCGCGAGAGCUCCCUUUUCACUCCAACUGAACGGCGUGAGCUAGAGAGAGAAGCUGAGAACUGCCGAGAACAUUGCCAAACACUGCGGGUCUCUUUGGAGACAGUGGAGAAGGAUGAGUUGGCCUCUCGCGCUUACCUCUCCGAGCUGCAGAGCAUCAAGUCCCAUCUGGAGGAUGCAGAGAGCAGACUGAUGCAUGGCAUGCAGACUCCACACCCCAGCACAAUAUCAGGAGAUGUGGCAGACAAUGCAGUUCACAUAGCAGAGCAAGAGAAGCUGCAGCAGGAUCUGAAAGGUCUUCAGUCAGAUUUGGGUGAAGUGUCUCGUCGCUGCGUGAGCUUCUUUGAGGAGAAGCCUUCCUCUUCCAGUGUGCCUGUCCUGCGCUCUGAGCUCAACCUGGCCGUAGAGCACAUAGAGAAACUCAACUCCCUCUCCUCUGUUUAUCUGCAAAAAUUGAAGACGGUGGAUGUGUUGAUGAGAAGCCUGCAGGUUGCAGAAAGUCAAGUGAAAAAGUAUGAGAGUCGACUGAGUGAAGAGGAUAUUGUCCCUGCUGAUACUGCUGCAAUCCAGGCCUUGGGAGAGCAGUUAAAUAAAUGGCAUUCAGAGCUGGAGGAGCAGAAUCACAUAUUCAACAGUCUGAGUUUAGAGGUCCAGCAGGCUAGAGAGGUCGGAAACCAGCUCAACCAGCUGCACCCUGACCGCAGCCCAGAACUGGACCGCUACCAAGAGAAAGCACAACAGCUCACAGAGAGGUGGAGCGGAGUGCACAGGCAAAUGGAGACACGGCAAGCAGAUCUGGAGAUGCUGGGUUCGGUGCUGCAGCAGUACAGAGAAGGCCACUCCUCUCUCAUCCGCUGGAUAGAGGAGACCACCGAAAAACAGGAGAACACACAACCCGAGCAGACGGACAGCAGAGCUUUGUCAGAGCAGCUCGCACAGCAAACGGCCUUGGUGGCUGAGAUUGAACAGAACCAGGUCAAACUGGAUGAAUGCCAGACGUACUCUAAACAGUACUGUGCUGCUGUUAAGGACUAUGAACUCCAGCUUAUGACGUUCAGAGCUUUUGUUGAAUCAACCCAAAAGUCUCCUGUGAAAAGGAGGAGGAUGCACUCUUCAUCUGAUGUCAUUACACAUGAGUUUAUGGAUUUACGCACGCGAUACACAGCUCUGGUUACACUGACAACACAACAUGUCAAGUAUAUUAGUGAUGCACUGCGGCGACUAGAGGAGGAAGAGAAAGAGGUGGAAGAGGAGAGGCAGGCACGAGUGGACCAGGUCUCAGAGCUGCUUGGCUGGGUCAAGGGCGUACAGGAGCGUGCUGGCAGAUCUGCUGAGCCAUCACUUGCUGCACAGCAGGCUAUUAGUGAGCAGCUAGCAGCUAAAAAAGAGGAAGUUGCUGAAGCUAUCAGGAGCACCCAAGUCUUCCUGAUGUCAAAACAGGCCAGCAAGCUGUCUCCUGAAGAGCGCGCGCAGGUGGUCUCCCAGCUGGAUGAGCUGACGGCCACCUACACUCAACUGUGUGACAGUUCUGCCGCACAGUUGCAACAACUGGAGGAGCAGCUAGCCAAAGAGGAGAAGCGCAAGGGCCAAGAGAUCGUCGCUGGAGUAAUUGACCUUGGCACCAUGGAAACCUUUCCAGUUUUCCAGGCAGCACAGCGUGGCCUCAUAGAUCAAGAUACCUGCCAUGUACUGUUGGAGGCACAGGUCAUCAUGGGUGGUCUAUUCCAGCCUGACUCCCCUGAUAAACUGUCAUUAGAUAAGAGUCUUUCCAGUGGUUUGAUUGAUCAACACACCUACCAAUCACUGGAAGAGUUAGAGACUGCCCUUGGUCUUGUCAACACAGUAAAAUUUGCAGAGGGUCAGGAAUUACCUGUAGCCACUGCUGUGAAAGAAGGUGUCAUAAAGGAGCUGAUGGGGCUCCGUAUACUUGAGCUGCAGAUAAGCACUGGAAGCCUGAAGGCUGGUUCCAGUGGAGAAAUAGUCAGCAUGGAUAAUGCAAGGGAGAGGGGAUUGUUAUCCCCUGAUCUUUGUCAAAAGCUACAAUCCUGUCUUAACCGGCGAGAACUUAUUGAUCCAAACACAGCAGAAAAACUAAGUCUGGUUGACUUUCAAAAGCGAUGUGUUCUCAACCAGGAGAAGAGUCUGCGUUUAUUUCCAGUUAAACAGAAGCCAGGAGGAACUGUCUGCUUAUGCUCUGGCAGAAAGGUGGGAAUAUUCCGAGCUGUUCAAGAGGGGCUUAUCGAUCGGCAUGUCACAGUUCGACUUCUGGAGGCUCAGUUGUUUGCUGGGGGUAUCUCAGACCCUCGCUCAGGACACAGAUUGACUGUUAAUGAGGCUGUCCUGCAUGGCCUGAUGGAUCAGGACUUGGCCUGCACCCUCAUGACACGACAGCUACAAACAGAAGGAAUAAUAGAUCCUGUCAGUGGGGAGCGUCUAGAGUUGGAUGAAGCCAUAAAACGAGACCUUCUCUCUCCUCGCAUAGCCUUGCAUGUACUGGAAUCUCUCCAGUCCUUUAUGGCAGUAAUGUGGCCAGAAUCAGGCGAGCUGCUUCCUGUAAGUGAGGCACUUCAGCAGGGUGUUGUCAGUAGAGAGCUUGCUGCAAAAGCCUUGAGAAAACGCCAUUCUGUUGGUGCAGUAUAUCUGCCUGAGAGUGGACAGGUGGUCCCUCUCCAUCAAGCUGAGAAGAUACUUAAGCCACAGGCAGUGGAGAUCCUAAAACACAUCCAGGUUCCAGAUGUCCUUCCCCAUGUGUCUCCGUCAUGUUCCUCAUACAUAAAGCGAUUAAGUUCUGGAUCUGCGUAUUAUUCCUCACCCCUUGCCUCACAUGCAGAUAUCAAUUAUGACUUUCCCUUCAUGGAGGAAAGCAGGUCAGAAGAGCAGGUUCAAAACCACCUUCUCAGUCAAGUGAUGACACACAGCUACAUUAAUGCUCACUCAGGAGAACGCCUAGUCUUACUAGAACCAGAAUUGGUAGAACUAAUAUGUAGAAAUGUCAAAACUGCAAACCUUGCCAGACCAGUCCAAUUCAAAAUUUCGAACAAAGUUAGAGUUAUGCUGGACAGCAAAGCUAUGAGUGGGAUUGAAGAGGAAAAAAAUGAAGAACUCAAAAUUUCACAACAUGAAAUUGCCUGCAGGGACUCAUAUAUGGAAGAGACUGUAGGAAUGACAGUGGAAAAACUCGCACCCUUGAUGAUCACCAACAGAACCUUUAAAGAGCCUUUGCCUAAAGUCGUUUUGCAAAAGAAAGUUCUAUCAUCAGAAGAGUAUGAACAACACAAGAUAAAAGAUAAAAUUGCAGGCAAGAUAACUGAUAUAGGAGAGGUAGUAGAAAGAACAGAAUAUCUUGCACCAUUGACGGAAACAAACAUUACAGAGCUUUCAAAUGAACAGAUUCAACAAGAAAAGGUUUUGUCAUCAAGAGACUAUGUAGAACCCAAGAUUAAAAAAGAUGACACUGACAGCAGAAAUACUGACAUGGGUAGGACUAUAGAAGGAGCAGGGGAAGAACUUGCAUGCUUGACAGGCAUUGUCCGAACUUCUAUAGAUCCUUUACAUGCAGAGGUUUGGCAAGAUACAUUUCUAUCAUCAAGAGAAUGUGAAGAACCCAAGAUUAAAAAAGAUGAAAUUGAGAGCAAUAACACUUAUGUGGGUGAAUGCAUCGAACUGGCAGAGAAAGACUUUAUAGUGCCUUCACAUAAAGAGAACUUGCAGGAGAAAGUUCUGUCACCUGGAAGACAUGAAAAACCCAAGCUUUUAAAAGGUAAAAUUGCCUGGACAAACACUGAUAUAGGUGAGACAGUAGAAAGAGCAGAGGAAGAUCUUGCCCCCUUGACAGGCACAGAAGGAACUUUUAUGGAGCCUUCACGUGCAGUUUGGCAAGAGAAAGUUCUAUCAUCAGGAGAAUGUGAUGAAUCUAUAAUUUUAAAGGGUAAAAUUGCCUGGACAAACACUGAUAUAGGCGAGACAGUAGAAAGAGCAGAGGAAGAUCUUGCCCCAUUGACAGGCACAGCUAGAGAUUUGAUAGUUCCAUUACAUAAAGAGAACUUACAAGAGAAAGUUCUUUCAUCAGGACAACCAAAGAUUAAAAAAGAUGAAACAGUCAGCAAGAAGACUAUCAUAGGUGAGACAAAAGAAAGACCAGAGGAAGAUAUUGCAGCUUUAACAGGCACAGAAAUAACCUUCAUAGAGCCUACACAUGAAGCUGUUUGGCAUGAGAAAGUUCUGUCAUCAGAAAAAUAUGAAGAACCUAUGAUAAUGAAAGGUAAAAUUGCCUACAAGAUCACUGGUAUGGGUGAGAUGAUAGAAAAAGCAGAGGGAGAUCUUUCACCCUUAACAGGCACAGAAGAAUCUUUUAUGGAGCCUUCACUUGUAGUUUGUCAAGAGAAAGUUCUGUCAACAGGAGAAUGUGAUGAAUCUACAAUUUUAAAAGAUGAAAUUGACAGGAAGAACACUGAAAUGGGUGAGACUAAAGUAAGAGCAGAGGAAGAUAUUCCACUCUUGACAGUCUCAGAAAAAACCCUUAAGGAACCUUCACAAGAAGAGUACUGGCAAAAGAAUGUUCUGUCAUCGCUACAAUAUGACGAACCCAAGAUUAAUAUAAGUAAAAUUGCCAGCAAGAAGACUGAUAUGGGCGAAACUGUAGAAAGGGCAGAGGAGUAUCUUGCACCCUCAACAGGGAAAAGCCUCAACUUAACAGUGCCUUUUCAAACAAGCUCAACACUACCAAAGACUGUAUCAGAUAAUGGGGCACCCUCUCAAAAUCAAUUUAUAGAUUCAACAUUAAAUGUAUCUGAAAAUAAGCAAACACCUGACCUGCAACAGGUGGGGUAUAAUAGUGGGGUAUUUCUAAAGGUAUCAGAACAAAUGGGCGAAAGCAGUGCAUGUACUUCAGAUCAAGAUACUGUAAAUAUAAGACAAUAUGAUGAGCUAAAUGUCAAUCCAGAUGAAGCCAAGACAGCAAAGCAGUCAGAUGAACUGAAGAAAAUCGUUGAACAAAAGGAAAAUAAAAUUAUAUUUGAACAACCUGGUAAAGAUAAGAAAUUAUACCCUUCAGAAAAUACUUUGUCAGUGGAACUAAGUACUGAUGAUGUGAAGCUUGAGAGUAUGGCUUUGGAACUGCAACAAAGGGGUUUUGUAACUGUAGGUGGUCAGAAAGUUCUUCUGGAUGAAGCUGUGGAUCAGGGAUUGCUUCCAGGGCACACUGCUAUUAAGCUUAUGGAAAAAGCUGGUCUCUUUGGUGGUUUUCUGGAUAUUAAUGCCUGUAAGUCACUUAGUGUUGAGGAUGUGAUGCAAGAAGGCAUGUUGGAUGAGGACCUGAUGGCCAGUGUGCUUCAUUCAGAAAAGAUUUUAGCCGGUGUGAUUGAUGUGGAGCAUGGGCGGUACUGUUCAAUAAAGGAUGCUGCUGAGGCAGGCCUGUUGGACUCCGAUACGGCUGCUCAUCUCCUUGAAGCCCAGGUUGUGUCAGGGGGAAUAGUUGACCUACGAAGAGACAAGAAAUUAUCAGUUACCCUUGCAGCCAACUUUGGGCUGAUUGAAGAGGGUAGAAAGGAGAAGCUUCUUGCACUGGAAAAGUCAUGCCGGGGAAAAUGUUCAGAUCCAAAUUCUGUGCAAACCAAGUUGGCACUACAGUUACAAAUGAAAGGAGUGGUGGACCCAAAAUCCAAAAAGCCUGUCCCUCUGGAACAAGCCCUUCAAACUGGGUUAAUUGGACAGGAUGAGGCUCAGACGACUCUAUGCCAGCAGGUUGCAGAAGGUGGCAUUGUGCAUCCUGGCUCUGGAGUUCGCCUUGCUGUUGUUGAUGCUCUACAACUGGGUCUCAUAGAUCACACAGUUGCUGCAAAGUUGAUGGAACUUGAAAAGGCAUUCAAAGGCCAAGAACAAAGUAGUUUGGAUCAAAAUACUUCACUUCUUCAGGCUUCUACAGGUUCUAUUUAUGAUGAUGCAUCAAAAAGCAGGAUUACUCUGAGUGAGGCAGUUUCUAAGGGCCUCCUAGGUGAAGAAACAGCAAAUAAAGCUAUGGACUCAUCCAAUGUGAAAAGUGGAUUGUUGGACCCUCAUAAAGCUUGUAUUGUGUCCUACUCUGAGCUGAUAAACCAGGGUAAAAUUGACAUUGAGAAACGACAGAGAUUCCUUGAAGUGAGACCUUUCAGGGGAGUUUUGCAUAAACAAACUGAUGAAAUGAUGACCCUAUCACAGGCAAUUAAGGCAGGCCAAAUAGAUCCCAUACCAGCAAUGAGAGUAUUGCAGAGUCAAGCAGAUACACGGGGUAUCAUUAACAUAUACAGUGGAGAGCGUUUGGCUCUUCCAGAGGCUAUAAAUAAAGGCCUAGUUGACAAAGACAUGGCUAAAUGUAUUGCUAAAAAUCAACUCUCAAAGGGGGGGUUGCUCAAUCCAGCAAGUGGACAGAAGGUCUCCAGCAUUACUGAGGCAAUUGAAUAUGGGCUUAUUUCUACUGAAAUGGCUGCAGAACUUCAACACAGUAUGGGCCUUGUUGAUAUGCAUGAGAAGAAAAGUUUUAAAAUAUCAGCUUCCUCAAUGAAAGGAACUUCUAGUUCUUUUGUUCCUGAGAUGAUAUCGGAGCAUGUCAGUCCUAAUGAAAUGUCACUUGAGAAAGGUCUGUUGAGUAUACCAUCACCACCAUCAUCAUAUUGUACAGAGGCUGAAAUAAAAGAUGCAGAUCUUCAGAAAAAAGAGGAGCGUGAAUCUUUUGACAUCCGUCCUGAUUUAGAAAGUAUGGAACAAUUUGUUGAUGCCGUGAUGCAGGACAGCAAUGAUACAUCAUUGAAGGUUCUGACAGAAUUUACCUUGAAAGCUGAAAAAAGACUUCAGCAGGCAAUUAAAGAGAUAAAGCCCACAGAAAGAGAACAUUUCAAAUCUCAGCCAAUCCAAAGCCCUGAUCGACCUGAAGAGAUGUCUGAUUUCAAAUGUCAAAAGGUGGAAGAUAAGAACUCAACAGCUUUACUUGACCACACCACAGGGAUCAAGAGACCGACAGUCAGUGUAUCUGCAGUUACUACUGCCAUUUUAUCAGAAAGCAGUGAUAACAGCAAAGAGAAAGUCUCAUCUACCGAGCAAACAAUAGGAGAGACAGGGAUCCAAAGGCAGACAGUAAGUGAAUCUGCAAUCUCUGAAGUCAGUUUAUCAGAGGCUAAUGAUGCCUUGCAAAGAAAGGAACAAACCCCAUCUAUAGAGCAAAUAGAGGGGCAUAGUUUCAAGUGUGAAGCAGAUCAGUCAAUGUCCAAACCAGAGAAAAUCAAGGACAGCCAAGAGACUGGAUUGGAUCCUUAUGCUUCUACAACCACAAGGUCAGUUAAAGUAUCAGGAAAGAAGAAAGGCAGAGGAAAAAGUGACAAGCAAGCUAAAAUGGAAAGUGAUGUAAAGCUACAAGUUUCAGAAACCUCAGCCAGAAUUUCACCUAUAGAAAAAGCAGAGUUUGAUGGACAAGGUGGCUUUACCACUAAACAAAAGCGUAUUAUGAAAGACGACAAAGAAAAGGUGGUUGAAGUACAGCAAUCAGAAACAACCCAUGGAAGUGGUAGCACUGCACCUUUGACAGGGAGUGAUAAGAAUGUGCAAGGCAAAGAUUUGGAAAUGGGGGUGGAUAGAACUGCUAAAGAAACGGAGACCCCCAAAUGUGAGUCUGAUCAUGAAACCAAUGAAAAACAAAAAGAGAAGAUACAGAACAGUGUCACGACUUACAUGGCAAAAACAGACCAGAGUCAGGAAGCUGUUUUGGUCUCUAAGGACCUUGGCACUGAGGUAUCAGAAAAGAAGAGAAAGAAGAAAAGCAAAAGUAAAAAAUUUAAGCAAGUGUGUGUUGUUGAAACAGAAGGUGUAGAGAAAAGAGAUGAUGAGACUGAGCAAGAGCAAAAGACAGCAAUCCAUGAGGUUCAACCUCAAAGCAAUCAAUCAGAUGAGAAAGAAAGUAUGAAGAAACUUGAGAAGGCCAGUCAGGCAAUGGCACAGAAGGAAAUACUUUUAAUGAAAGCUAAGGAAAGCAUUCUUAGGAAGGUGUUUGAGCGAGGAGUAAGUGAAAAACAAGCUGCUGAAGAAUUAGAAGCGAUGCGUCAAGUAGCCAGUAUUGGAGAAUACCGCAUUACCACCCAAGAAGAAACUGUUGUAGAGAAGACAAGCACUAAGCCUCCUCAAAGUAAGAAGAAAGACAACAAACUACACCAGACGAGGCAAGAAAUGAAUGAAAGUGUUGAAAAGUCAGUGCCAAACAUUGCAGAGAAUCCUCUACCUGGGUCUGAUAUUGAUCCAUACUUCUCAGCUAAAGCACAGCUUCAAAACCCAGAAGAAGAUGGGCAUGACAAGCUUACAAACACAGGAUUAAGUGGAAAUGAUAUGAAUCAGAAUAUUCCAUCUAUUAAAAAAUCUGACGACAUUGUGGACAUAAACCAGAAAGAACUGGCUCUAAUCCAGAAUUUACAAGGGGAAACCAAAGAAAAAACAGCAGAAGAACACAGCAUUGAACAGUUAUAUACAGAUGAAAAGUUGAUAGAUCCUAUGAUUGAAGUGACCUUGCCAUCAAGCACUGCAGUGACUGACAGCUGUGAAAUUGCUAAAUCAGUACCCCUCAAAUGUGUCUUCGACAUCCCAGUAAAGAAGGACUCCAAAGCACUUCUAUCAAGUGAAGUGUGUACUCCUUUACAAAAUACCAAAACAGCAGUGAAAGAGGCAAGCCGUGAAGUUCAUCAAGAAAGAAUCGGGGAGCCCCCUUUCGGUGAUUAUGAGACCACAGAUGCACCUUCAAUCCAAAAAUGUCAAGUUUCUGGUCUACCCCUUAUGGAGGUGAUCUCAAAGUCUGAUACCAAACAGAAAGAACAGGUGGAAGAAUAUGCAGAGGCUUUAGUGGAAAGGCAGCCUGGAGCAAUUCAAAUGAAUAUUGAACAAAUAAGCAAAGACAAUACAAGAGUUAGCAAGUCCUCACUUGUUCGCCAAGAGUGCUUAGAACAUGACCAACAGAUUGUGUCCUUGCUUUCCAUGGUGAGACACAUUGAGGUCCGCCUAAAACAGCAGCAGCAGCACCAACAGUCCGUUGGUCGAAGUCUCUCCAGACUUGAUGACAUAAUCAAACAGACAGAGAUGCUUUUUUUGGAAAUUAGUGACCUAGAACCAGAAGUGCACAAGAAGACUGAAGCAGCCACCCAGCUGCUGGAGUCUUGCCCUAAGGAUGUUCCACCUCAGCUGCUUAUAGCCCUGGAAAAAGAUGGGCGAAGCUUAGCUCGGGCUUAUAAUGCAGCCAGAGACCUUGCCCAGAAUACUUUGCAGGGGUUACGAGAACAACGUGAUGCACAAAACAAAGCUGUAAGCUGUCAGCUGAAAUCUUUACAAGAGAAAGUUGACAAACUUCUUAGCUGGCUUAAGGAUACUGAGAUGCAAAUGCAGGAAGAAACAGGGGUAGAUGGACAAACGGUGGCCGAGAUCACUCGUAAGCAACAGUUGUGCAAGAUGUUGCAGAACUCCCUCGCUGCCCGAUCUAAUGAAGUCAGCAGUGUGGCAUUCAAUAUUCAAGUGUUUAUCUCUGAGCAUGCUCAGGACCUGUUGCCUGAUCAGAGCAGGCAUCUCCUUGGACAACUGGAGCAGUUACAGAAGGUCUUUCACCAGGCUGUUGGUCUCAAUCAUGCUAGGGCAGAGGCACUAUCAGCCCAGCAGGCAAGAGAGAACGAACAAAUGAGGAAAGAACAGGAAGAAAAAGAAGAGAAAAUGGAAAAAGAGAAACAAACUACAAGGGAUAGAGAGGUUGUGCAGCAGAAGAAGGCAGAAUGCUCUCAAAAACUGGAGAAUCUCUCAAUGUGGUUGGCUGGUGCUGCCAGCCUCCUGGCCAAUCAGAUAGUUGGAACCGAGUCAGAUGAUGUGAAUGAGUUACAGCAGAAGCAAAGAGAGCUUAAGGAGGUGGAGAAGGACCUUCAGACCAAAAGUGACUUGUUGAAUGAGACUAUACGCUCAGUGGAGGAGUUCCUGUCUGAUCGGGGUGAUAGUUUAAGUCCUGAAGAGAGGGCCAAACUACAGGGGACUCUUUCACAAAUGAAAGAGCAGCACAGCUCACUUACAAACUCAGUCCGCUCUUCACUAGCUAAAGUAGACACUGCCAUUGUCACAACAGUGCAGCAGAACACACAGAAAGCUAAAGCAGAAGAGCAGAUGCAGGAGACACAGGAAAAAAUAGACACACUUCUCAGAGAAUUGUCAUCACUGGAUGACUCAAAGAGGAGGUCACUUGGCAGCACCGUCCCUGACACCCCAUCAUCUGGACCACCAGAGAAUGCUCUGAAUUCUCACAGUGACCUGCUUCAGACGGAGCUGCAACAGUUACAAGCUCAACAGGCUCACCUUCAGCAGGUGGCCCAGUCUGUCCGCUCUCUCCUGGAACAGCCCGACUCCAGUGUGCCACCAGAGAAGAAGGAACGCUUACGGGCAAAACUAGACCAACUACAGAGUCAGCAUCAGGAGCGCCUUCAGAACUGCCAGGACAGGCUCAGGCGGACAGAUGCCCUCAGAGAUGAGUUUGCCAAGUUUGUGCAGGAGCAUGGGAACCUGGGGACAUGGCUGGAUCAGAGUCAACAAGAACUACGUACACUCGGGGAAGGGGAAACUGAUGCAAAGGGUCUACAAGACAGGAUAGAGGAGCACAAAAAGCUUGCAGAAGAUGUCAUCUGUCACAAAGCUGAUCUACGCUUUGUGACAAUCUCUGGGCAGAAGGUUCUGGAUUCAAUCCAGGGGGCCUUGGAGAAGGUGGGCAGUACAGAUCCAGCUUUGGAGGAAACCAGACACCUAGUGAGUGGCAAGCUCCAAGAUGCCACACAGCGCUACAGUUCAUUACACAGCAAGUCCUCGGAACUUGGCACCCGUCUCUCAGGUCUCCUGGAGCGAUUCCAACACUACCAAGAUGAGGCUGGUUCUUUAGGAUCCUGGCUGAGCACUCAGGAGCAAAAUCAGACAGUAUUUAAGCCCAGCGGAGAGCAAACGGACACUCAGACACUGCAGCAUACUCUCAGUACUCUACAGCUGUUGCAGGAUGAGUUGGCAGAGCGUUCGGUACAGCUUGAGAAGGUCAAGAGGGCAGGAAAAGAGCUGGUCAGCACUCAGGAGUCCCCAACUCUCAAAAAUGCAGACAUUAACAAUCUUACAGAUGCUCUGGAGAAGCGCUUUGAAACCCUGUCUAAUUCAGUGUCAGUGAGAGCUGAACAGCUUCAAACCGCCGUUGCCCAAUCAGUCAGCGUUCAGGAGGGGCUUAAAGCACUGCUGGCAUGGUUAGAUGGACUACCUUUAUCACCUGGCGCAGUCCAGCCCACUGCUCAAGCAGUACAGGAUGCUCUGACACAAAAUCAGAAAAUACGUCAGGAACUGCUUUCAAGGCAGGGCAGCGUGGAUGCGACUCUGGACUCUGUGUCCAGGCUUCUGAAGUCUGCAGAUGCAUCGACCGCGUCUGACCUGCAGGGGGCACUUCAGGACCUGAGUCAGCGCUACACAGCGGCCCAGGCCAAACAGACUGAAAGAGAGACUGAGCUGCGGAGACUUUUGCUCAAGUUGGAGAGCUUUGAGCGCCAGAGUGCAGACCUCCGCAGCUUUACGCAGAGUCGAGAAAGGGCUCUCUGCCCAGUAGGCCAACCUGACUGCAGCGUUGAUGACUACAAACAGACCAUAGAGGAGGUGAGAUCAGAAAUUACCCAAGAGUCAAGUCAAUUAAAGUCAUUUGUCGAGCUUGGUUCAGACCUAAGCAAGUCUGGGAUCCUUGCCAAUGCACAAAGCCUUCUGGACACAACCAAAGAGGUUUCUGAGGACUUUGCACGCUUGGAAUCCAAUGUCAAUGAGAGUUUUGAUUCCAUCCAGAGCUGCGUCCAGGAACUGGCAGAGUUCCGCUCUCGCUCUGGCUCCCUCCUCAGGUGGCUGCAGACAGUACAAGAACAACUUCCUGCUAAAGAGCCCAACCUAAGCACAGAAAGCCUGCAGAGAAGAGCACAGCAGCUUAAAGAUCUACUCACAGAAUGGGAGACCCAAGGAAGCCAAGUCCAGGAGCUGAACAAGACCAGUUCACAACUGGAGAAUUUAAUUAUUAACAUCACAUCUCCCAAGAAUAAGACUGGUGUUUCCCAGCUCAAUGGUGCUUCCAGCCCCAACAGUGUUAAUGGCAUUCACACCUGUAAAGACUUGACAGAGAUCCAGGUGGCAGUGGCAGAUGUGAACUGCAAGUAUGAACAGCUGGGCAGUGACAUGAGGGAAAGGAAGGGUAGGCAAGAGGCCUCUCUAGACCUGCGGCAGAAGGCCAGGCAGGCCACUGAGGCUCUCAUCCAGUGGCUGGGUCCCCGUGAACAGAGCCUGGCACAAGGGCAGAGCGCCUCACCUUCUCGGCCAGAGCUGGUGCGUGCUCAAGCCCAAGAAACCAAGGUUUUACUUGCUGAGCUUGCCGACCAUUCUGGGAAAGUGGAGGAUCUAAAAAACAUUCUCAAUCAGCUAAUAACAGAUAAUCCUGAUUCUCCUGAUGCAGAGAUUUGGAAACGUCAGCUUGAAGACAUAGACUCACGGUGGACGAAAGCCAAUCAGACUGCAGCACAGAGGCAGACUGAAUUGGAAGCGUGUGCUGAUAGGCUGGGAAGUUUUGCUGCAGCAGCCAAUCAGCUAGGACCAUGGCUACGAGAGAAAGAGCUGAUGAUGAGCGUAUUAGGCCCACUGAGUAUCGACCCCAACAUGCUCAACACACAGAAACAGCAAGUGCAGUUCAUGCUACGUGAGUUUGAGACGCGGCAACCCCAGUUUGACCAGCUGUCUCGAGCGGCAGAGGGAAUCCUCUCCCCGUCUGGAGAUGAGGGUUCUAGAGAUGGACAGGACCUAGAGGAGGUGAGGCAGGAGCUGGCAAACAUUUCACGGCAAUGGGAAGACCUCACUUCUUGUCUCACCGGCCGCUCGCAAAAGAUCGACCAGGCACAGGGAACCAGCGAGCGCUAUCUGGCCCUGCUCAGAGAGCUGUCUCAGAGCGCGACCGAUCUAAGCGAGAGGCUGGAUGCGCAGGCCUCUCUAAGCGCUCAGCCUGAAGCCCUGCUCCGUAGGCUUCAAGAAACUGGGGAGAUCCGUGCUGAGCUGGAACAGAGACGGGGUCAACUGGUCCAGGCUGAGCAGCUGUGUGCAGAGCUCAGCACAAUUGUAGCUGAACUGUAUCUCAGAGAUGAGUUACACAAGAGACUGGAGAGUGUUAGCGGACCCCUCAAAAACCUAGAAGAACGGGCUGCUGAUGGCUUGUCCCAGCUGCAGGCCGCCCUGUCCAGCACUCAACAGUUCCAGCAGAUGUUUGACGAGCUUCGUGGCUGGUUGGACGGGCAGGCUGGGAAUCACACAGCUGGAGUUUCUGAAGCCCUUCCUUGCCAACCUGAUGCUCUAAAGACCCUUCUGGCCCAACAAGAGGAUCUCCAGCGGGCCAUAGCACAACAACGUGGAUCCUAUGAGCUCAUCCAGGCUGAGGGGGCAUCUCUACUGGCAUCCCUCCCCGCUGGAGAUGAGCGCUUAUCCCUACAGACUCGACUAAACAUCUUACGGCAAGACUGGGAGGGCAUGAACCAACAAACCUCUAAUAAACACAGUCGAAUAAAAGAGACGCUGUCCCGUGCUGAGCUGUACCAACAACAUCGCAAUGAGCUUGUACCUUGGGUUGCAGAAUGUGAGGAAAGGGAGGUGGAGAUCCACCCAUCACUGGAUCCCGCCACCUUAGACGAGGCUUUGCAAAAGGCUAGACAGUUAAGUCUGGACUUGGAUCGUCGUCGCCCUCUCUUAGAGUCUCUGAACACGGCAGCAGAUCAGCUGCUGGAACAGAGCUGCGCUGGUGAAGAGGAAGUGAGGGAUGAAAAAGCCCAGCUUAAUCGCAGGAUAGACGGUCUCUCUGAGCGACUACAGGGCCGCACGGCUCAGCUAGAAGAGUUGGGAAGCAGACUGAAGGAGUUUGAAGAUGGGAGACUGGCCGUGGAGAGAAGACUUGAGGCAGCCAAGCAUCAGAUCGAGGUUCAGGAGGCGCUGGGGCCGCAAGCUUGUAGCAACAAAAGCCUGGAGCGUCUGCGUAGACAACAGGAACUGUUAAACUCUGUACAGCCACAGGUGGUGUACCUACGAAAUCUGGCGCAGGGGCUGCUGCAGGAUGCCCCCGAGAUCUCCAGGGCCGGUGAAGAUGGCGGCCACAGGCUGCUGCAGCAAGCUCGUGAUACAGAAAAAGAGUUUGAAGAAGUUACUGAGAAGACUGAGCAAUGCUGUUCAUCUUUGGAGUCCCGGCUGCAAGGUGUGGGAGAGGUCCAGUCACGCGUGCGAGAUGUUUUCUCCCGCCUGGCUGAUUUGGACGAUGAGUUGGACAGCCUUAGCCCUGUUGGGCGGGAUGCUGACUCUUUGGCCUCACAGUCUGAUGCUGUCAGGGGCUUCCUGAGUCGACUCGAUGUCCUCCGUGCUGAGCUGGAGAGCCAUGGUGGAGAAUGCACGACUAUGCUCCGUAGAGAGGGGAGCUCACCUGAUCUUCUGGCCCUCAGGAGAGAGACCGAAGCCCUGAGUAGACAGGCAGGCAAGCUGGCAGAGCGGGGCCAGAACCGUCUGGCACUCAUAGAAGCAGCAGAAGAGCGUGUGAAGGAGUUCUACGGCCGGCUAGCUGACUUACAAGGGUUGUUGGGACGAGCAGAGGAGGCGCUGAACACACAGGCUGUCGUGGGGACAGAAGUGGAGGUCAUCAAACAGCAGCUUCAGGAAUUCAAGGCUGUAGAAAGGGAGCAGAUAGACAGCAUUCAGCCCAAACUACAACAUGUCAACGCUGUGGGUCAAGGUCUUAUUCAGAGUGCAGCCAAACACACUGACACCCAGGCACUGGAACAUGACUUGGAGACCACCAACCUGCGCUGGAACUCCCUCAACAAGAGCGUUGCUGAAAGAAUUGCACAGCUGCAGGAGGCCCUGUUGCAUUGUGGGAAGUUUCAAGAUGCUCUGGAGCCACUCUUGAGCUGGCUGAGUGACACAGAGGAACUCAUAGCCAAUCAGAAACCCCCGUCUGUUGAGUACCGUGUGGUCAAGGCACAAAUUCAGGAGCAGAAGCUGCUGCAACGGUUGCUGGAUGACCGGCGUGGGACGGUAGAGAUGAUCAGGGCAGAAGGAGAGCGUAUCGCUGCUACGGCUGAGACACAAGAUAAAGACAAAAUCCAGAAACAACUUAAGAGCCUAGGAGAGAGAUGGAAAAAUCUGCUGGAAAAGGCUAGUGCCAGGCAGCGGCAGCUAGAGGAGCUGCAGGUGUUGGCGCUGCAGUUCCACGAAGCAGUGGAGCCGCUCGGUGAGUGGUUGAGCGCAACAGAGAGACGCCUGAGCUCCGCUGAGCCAAUGGGAACCCAGACCUCCAAAAUCACACAGCAGAUUGUAAGGCACAAGGCUCUCCAAGAGGAGGUAUCCUCUCGGGAGAAUGGUGUAAACCAUCUUGAGACUCUCAGUCAAUCACUGCACCCGCUCAGCUGUGCGGCUGAUCGUGAUUGGCUGGGCGAACGUGUGGCGGCAGUGCGCAACGGGCACACGGAGCUGCGCGAUUGGUGCAGUCGAAGAGAGGUCAUGCUGGAGCAGGCCCUGGCCAAUGCACAGCUAUUUGGAGAAGAAGAGGUGGAAGUCCUUAACUGGCUAGCUGAGGUGGCCCAGAGACUGGAUGAGGUCUCAGUGCAGAGUUAUCAGCCGGAGCUACUAGAGCAGCAACACAAACACACACUGGCUCUUAAUGAAGAGAUUAUCAGCAGGAAGAAGACAGUGGACCAGGCCAUUAAGAACGGACAGGCUCUGCUUAAACAAACCACUGGUGAGGAGGUCCUGUUGAUUCAAGAAAAGCUAGAUGGCAUCAAAAGCCGCUACGCAGAGAUGACAGCAGGCAGCAGCAAAGCCCUUCGUACUCUGGAACAGGCCCUUCAGUUGGCCACGCGAUUCACAAGCUCGCACAAUGACAUCAGCCAAUGGUUGGAUAGCGUGGAGGCGGAGCUUAGCAACAUUGAGCAAGACACAACACCAGCCUAUCAGGACAGACAGAGGGAGCUGAAGUGCGUGUCUGCUGAGAAGAGGUUAGUUCUGGAUACAGUGAAUGAGGUGGGCAGUGCUUUACUGGAUCUGGUACCCUGGCGUUCACGAGACGGCCUGGACCGCCUGGUCGCCGAUGCCAAUCAGCGUUACCGCCAAGCUGAAGAGACCAUCACACAGAGAGUGCAGUUAGUACAGGCUGCCAUCCAAAGGUCACAGCAGUAUGAGGAGGCAGUCGAUGCAGAGCUGACCUGGGCCGGAGAGACCGAGAGGAAGUUGGCGUCUCUGGGGCCUCUGAGUCUGGAGCCUGAUGUGACUGUGGCUCAGCUCCAGGUGCAGAGAGCCUUUAACAUCGACAUCAUCCGUCACAAAGACACCGUGGACCAACUCCUUAAGACACGAGAGGACAUCCUGGAGAGCUGUAGCGAACAACAGAGAGAGGCUUUGAAGGUGAAGACGGAUUCUCUAAGUGCUCGUUAUGAAGCAGUGAAUCAGAGUCAUGCUGAGCGCUUCUCAGCUCUAGAGCAGGCUCAGGUGUUAGUAGCACGGUUCUGGGAGACGUAUGAGGAACUUGAACCCUGGCUGGGUGAGACAGAGACACUGAUUACCCAGUUACCCCCUCCUGCCAUCGACACAGAAGCACUUAGGCAACAGCAAGACCAGAUGAGGCUUCUGAGAGAGUCCAUUGCUGAGCAUAAGCCUCACAUAGAUAAACUGCUAAAGAUCGGCCCACAGCUGGCAGAACUGAGUGCCCAGGAAGGGGCAACAGUAAGACAACGUUAUAAUGAAGCAGAGAGACGUUACCUCAGCAUCAAAGAGGAGGUCAAAGGUCGAGCCACAACACUAGAUGAAGCAGUGUCACAGUCUGUCCAGUUCCAUGAUAAGAUGGACCCUCUGUUGGAGACUUUGGAAGGUGCGAUCCAACGUUUGCGGCAGCCUCCUCCAGUGGCGGCUGAGGUGGAGAAGAUCCGGGAGCAGCUUGCGGAGCACAGGGCAACAGGGCUAGAACUGGACAAACUCCUUCCAUCUUUCAGUGCCCUGUGUGCCCGAGGAGAAGAGCUCAUCGGUCGCGCCCCACAUGACGAUCCUGCCGCCCAGGCGGUGCGUUCACGACUCUUGCGGCUGCGCUCUCUGUGGGAUGAGAUCAGGCAGAGGGCAGAGGAGCGAGAAGGAAAGCUUCAGGAUGUUCUAGAUCUCGCCGGAAAAUUCUGGGCUGACAUGGGCGCUCUGCUGAGCACACUCCGUGACUCUCAGGACAUUGUGAAAGAUCUGGAGGACCCAGGGGUGGAUCCUUCACUUAUAAAACAACAAAUAGAGGCAGCAGAGGCCAUUAAGGCAGAGACAGAUGGGCUGAGGGAAGAACUGGAGAUCGUACAAACACUUGGAGCUGACCUCAUCUUUGCCUGCGGAGAGACUGAGAAACCCGAGGUCAAGAAGACCAUCGAUGAGAUGAAUGCAGCCUGGGAAGGCUUGAACCGCACGUGGAGAGAGAGAAUGGAGAGGCUGGAAGAGGCCAUGACUGCCUCUGUGCAGUACCAGGAUGCUCUUCAGGGCAUGUUUGACUACUUGGACAACGCUGUGAUCAAAUUGUGCGACAUGCCAGCAGUAGGGACAGACCUCAGCACUGUUAAACAACAGAUCGAGGAGCUCAAGCCAUAUAAAGUAGAAGUCUACCAGCAGCAGAUUGACAUGGAGAAGCUUUGCCACCAAGGAGAGCUGCUGCUCAGAAAAGUGAGCGACCAAACAGACCGAGACAUGAUCCAGGAGCCUCUCACUGAGCUACGCCACCUGUGGGACAACCUGGUGGACAAAAUCACUAUCAGACAGCACAAACUGGAGGGUGCACUGUUGGCUCUAGGUCAGUUCCAGCAUGCUCUCUCUGAGCUACAGUCCUGGCUCAGUCACACUCACGCCACACUGGACACCCAGCGACCCAUUAGCUCUGACCCCAAGGCCAUCGAAAUUGAGCUGGCUAAGCAUCACGUUUUAAGAAACGAUGUGCUGUCCCAUCGGGCUACAGUGGAGACGGUGAACAGGGCAGGCUCUGAGCUGCUAGAGUCCAGUCCUGGAGAUGAAAUCAACCACCUGAGAGACCAGCUGGAUGAGCUCAACCGCAGCUGGAAGAACCUUCUGCUGAAGACUGAUGAGAGGCAGAAGCUUUUGGAAGCUGCCCUGCAACAGGCGGAGGGUUUCCAUGGUGAGUUGGAGGAGUUUCUGCAGUGGCUCAGACGCACAGAGAGUCAGCUGUCUGCUGCCAAACCCACAGGUGGCCUGCCUGAGACCGCCAGAGAGCAGCUGCAGCAACACAUGGAGCUCCAGGCUCAAUUGACCCAGAGGAGUGAGCAGUACCAUCGACUACUAGAUCAGGGAGAGUCCAUUCUGCUGGCCAGAGGAGGAGAAGAUGCUGGACCUGGUACCACCCAGACCCAACAGAACCUGGCCAUGCUACAGAACAAGUGGGCCAGUCUCAAUGCCAAAAUGGAUGACAGAAUGGGAAAACUGGAGGAAGCGGUCUCGUUGGCGACAGGGUUCCAGACCUCCCUGCAGGACACCAUAAACUGGCUGACACAGGCAGAGCAGACUCUCAACAUGGCUCAGCCACCCAGCCUCAUUCUCGACACCGUCCUAUUCCAGAUAGAUGAGCACAAGGUGUUUGUGAAUGAGGUGAACACUCACAGAGAGCAGGUUCUGGCUCUGGAGAAAGCUGGCUCUCAGCUGCGGUUUGCCAGUCUUAAACAGGAUGUGGUUCUAAUCAAGAACCUGCUGCUCAGUGUACAGGCCCGCUGGGACAAACUGGUGCAGAGAUCACUAGACCGAGGACGGCACCUAGAUGAGGCCCGCAAGAGAGCCAAACAGUUUCAUGAGGCCUGGAGGAAACUGACAGACUGGUUGGAGGAAGCAGAGAGCAGGCUGGACUCUGAGCUGGAAAUCUCUAAUGAGCCUGACAAGAUUAAAGUCCAGCUGGCCAAACAUAAGGAUUUCCAGAAGUCUCUUGGCUCCAAGCAGCCAGUGUAUGACACGACAGUGCGCUCUGGGAAGGCCAUGAGAGACAAGGCCACACUGUCCGCGGAUACACAAAAACUGGACAACUUGUUGGGUGAGGUCCGUGACAAAUGGGACACAGUUUGUGGAAAGAGCGUGGAGAGGCAACACAAGUUGGAGGAAGCCCUCUUGUUCUCAGGUCAGUUUGCUGAGGCUCUCCAGGCACUUGUUGACUGGCUGUAUCGUGUGGAACCUCAGCUUGCCGAGGACCAGCCUGUCCAUGGAGAUCUGGAUCUUGUUUCCAACCUAAUGGAUCUUCAUAAGGUUUUCCAGAAAGAGCUGGGAAAAAGGACCAGUAGUGUGCAGGCUCUGAAGCGGUCAGCCCGAGAGCUGAUGGAGACAGGCCGCGACGACACGGCCUGGGUCAAAGUUCAACUGCAGGAGCUCAGCAACCGCUGGGAAACAGUCUGUGCGCUGUCCGUUUCCAAACAGACCCGGCUCCAACAGGCUCUCAAACAGGCAGAAGAGUUCCGCACAGCUGUUCAAAUGUUGCUAGAGUGGCUUUCGGAGGCGGAGCAAACAUUGCGUUUCCGGGGCGUCCUGCCAGAGGAGGCAGAGACCCUGCAGGCACUACUGCACACGCACCAGAAUUUCAUGCAGACGGUGGAGGAGAAGAGAGUGGAUGUGAAUAAAGCUGCUGGCAUGGGUGAAGCCAUCCUAGCUGUGUGCCACCCAGACUGCAUCACGACCAUAAAACACUGGAUCACCAUCAUUAGAGCUCGCUUUGAGGAGGUGCUGACAUGGGCAAAACAGCAUGAGCAGCGCUUGGAGACGGCCCUGACUGAAUUGCUCAACAAUGCUACACUUCUGGAGGAGCUGUUAUCAUGGCUACAGUGGGCCGAGACCACACUGGUGCAGCGUGAUACCGAACCACUCCCCCAGGACAUUACUCAACUGAAGACACUAAUCUCAGAGCAUCAGAUGUUUAUGGAAGAAAUGACCCGAAAACAGCCUGAUGUUGACAAAGUGACAAAAACUUACAAGAGGAAACCAGCAGAACAUCCCAGCAGCCUUUCAGACAGGAGAGGGUCCCGAAAACACCAGCAGCAGCAGCAACAGCAGCACUCAGUAUCAGUAACCAGUGGUAACCCUCGCCUCACUCAGCUCUGCUCCCGCUGGCAACAAGUGUGGCUGCUCGCCCUCGAUCGCCAGCGCAAGCUGAAUGAUGCUCUCGACAGACUAGAGGAGCUAAAAGAAUUUGCCAAUUUUGACUUUGAUGUGUGGAGGAAGAAAUACAUGCGCUGGAUGAACCACAAGAAGUCUCGAGUCAUGGACUUCUUCCGACGCAUCGACAAGGACCAGGAUGGAAAGAUCACCCGCCAGGAGUUUAUCGAUGGCAUCUUGGCAUCAAAGUUCCCUACCAGCAAGCUGGAGAUGACAGCUGUUGCUGAUAUCUUUGACCGUGAUUGUGAUGGCUACAUCGAUUAUUAUGAAUUUGUGGCUGCUUUGCACCCCAACAAAGAUGCUUACAGACCCACAACAGAUGCUGAUAAGAUCGAAGACGAGGUCACCAGACAAGUGGCCCAGUGCAAGUGUGCCAAGAGGUUUCAGGUGGAGCAGAUUGGAGAGAACAAGUACAGGUUCUUCCUUGGGAAUCAGUUCGGAGACUCACAGCAGCUGCGUCUUGUACGAAUCCUGCGCAGUACAGUCAUGGUCCGAGUUGGAGGAGGGUGGAUGGCGCUGGAUGAGUUCCUGGUGAAGAACGACCCUUGCCGAGUGCAACAUCCAGGACUUAAAAUCUUCCGUUCUGACUCCAGCAGCUCCAUAUCAUCUCGCAUAGUGACGGUCACUCCUGGCUAUUUCUGCUGCAGAGCUCGUGGACGUACCAACCUGGAGCUUCGAGAAAAGUUCAUUCUUCCAGAGGGAGCUACGCAGGGUCUGGCGGCCUUCCGGUCCCGGGGUCGUCGAUCCAAACCUUCGUCGCGCACGGCUUCGCCUACCCGUUCAUCUUCAUCCGCGUCACACAGCGCCCACAGCUGCGCCUCUCUACCCUCCGCACCCGCAACACCCACAGCCUCCUCAAGGUCCUCCCAAUCCCAAUCUCGUGGCUAUGCCAAGCCCUGGCUGGCACACAGUAAAACUCCAACACCAACCAAGUGCCAGUCCUGCCCAGAGCACAGCCAGACCCCUGGGCAUGAGGGAGGCUCCACAUCUAAACUGAAAAGACCAACUUUCCAUUCCAGCCGUGGCUCCUUAACCGGUGAGAACGGUGGAACACCAACCGUUGCUAAACCUGGACGCUCCGACACCAAACGCACUCCGUCCUCGACGAGCGGCCCAGCUAGUCGAGCAGGGAGUCGCGCUGGAAGCCGAGCCAGCAGCCGGAGGGGCAGCGACGCUUCAGACACGUCUGAGCUCAUGGAGACACGCUCGGCUUGCUCCGAUUCCUCAGACACCCCUCGCAGGCCUGGGGCCAAACCCUCCAAAAUCCCCACCAUCUCCAAGAAGGCCCCCAGCCCCAAAACACCAGCGGGCAAGAAAUGAAGCCUCCACCCUAUUUAUCAGUCUAAGCGACUGACUCACUCUGAGGUGGUUGUGAUUUAACCAGCAGGGGGAGAACAUCAACACCUUCCUCUCUCCAGCGUCCAGCACAGCCGCACACUGCUACACCACCCAGAUCAAUACCUACCAUAAUGCUGCCUUAUUUGUGUUCUACAUCAUGUCCUUAAUUUGACUGACAUUGCGUUUUCUUGAAUGUGUGAUGGAGAACAUCCACAUAUCUACACAGACACUCGGGAGGGACGUCAGUCCUGCACCAGGGGUUUUCUCUAUUCUUCACUAUGAAUAUGAACCGCCCGUCACUCUCCAAACCACAUGCAUGGUUGUCACUUUGGUUGGACAAACUCCAAGUGUAUUCAAGUGUAUGCAGACCAGUCUCGCCUGAGUGUCUGUGCCACCGCAAACAAGAGGAAAUCAAUUAAAAACAGACGUUUUCCUCCUGGACACUUGAGACUUUUUGGACUCAUGUAUGUUUAUGUGUGUGCCUGUGUGUGUGUGUGUGUGUGUGUGUGUGUGUGUGUGUGUGUGUGUGUAUGUGUUUGUUUGUGUGUGUGUGUGUAUGUGUGGCAGUUCCUGUCAUGGUAAAUUAACACAGUGAUACAGAGAGGAAGUGGAGGAUACAUAUCUCUAGCCUUCCCACGGCGUGAAGAUUCUUGAAGACUAGAUCCCUCACGUCACACGUGAUCCUUUCAAAGGAACUCCUAUAGCACACAUUCGCACCGAUAGUCUUCUCCGCCGUGUGUCCACGCAUUCUAGUUGUGUCCUUUUGUUACAGACAUCAUGUUUCAGAGCUUUUCCACAGUAUGCAAAAGUAAUUACCAAUUGUGAAUGUUUGUUUUGUGGUUAAUUUAUAAUCCUGACGUUUUCUUUCUUUUCUAGAGUAAAGAGCUGUAUUUAUUUGUGAUUGCAGUAUCAUAUCAACUCUUAAGAAUGACUAGUAUUAACACAACCGGAACCACUCUGGGUAUGUUUUUUGUACAUCCGCUCCUGACGUAAUGAAUUUCUCCGACUGAUGUUAUAACUGACCAGGAAGCUUACUGAUUCCAAUGGUGGCCUUUUUGCCGGUGACUACACACUUUAGAUGCCGUCAACAGUGGCUUCCUUGUUGUUCUUUCGUGACGGAAGCACCCUAAAUAAUGAAUGAUGGGGGCGGCUCGCGUAGCCCCCGUUAAAAACGGCGCUUUGAAUCUUGUCUUUGACAAGCUGAAGUAUAUGAAUACCUGAAGAAAGGUGAUUUUUAUUUAUUUAUUGUGUCAUUGGGAGGGAGGUGAGGGCUGUGAAAGGAUCCACCUUUUGAUUGUGUUAUUCUUUUGACAUGACUGAGCGAAACAGGGGUGCAAUUGUGUAAAAGUAAAGACGUUAUGAUUAUAAUUCCUUUUUGUUCUCUUUUGUAUUAAAACAAUGCUUGCAGUAAAA